UUACGUAGUACGGCAAAAGCGUAAAAGCGCGUGUUAGAAGACAGACAUAACCCCGCAGAUUUUUCAAACUUGUAUUACAGGAACUCGUGCAUUUGCUAUAGUUGAUUACAAAUUGCAUCGUUCACAAUGUCCGGAGAAGGUGCUGCAGAAGCAAAGCGACAGAAACUAGAAUCGUCUCAAGAGGAUGAAGACACAGAUAAUAACAUUGAUGUAAGUGAGUCAGAAACACAGAAAGCUUUGGAAGACAUCGAUGCAUGCCAAAAUGAAAUUGAUGCUUUAAAUGAAAAAGCGAGCGAAGAAAUACUGAAAGUCGAACAGAAAUACAACAAGUUAAAGAAACCCUACUACGACAAAAGGAAUGAGCUUAUCGAGCAGAUUCCUAAUUUUUGGGUAACUGCAUUUGUAAAUCACCCUCAGAUUUCUGCAAUCCUUGAUCAAGAAGAGGAAGAGUGCCUCCAUUACUUAAAGAAGGUGGAAGUUGAGGAGUUUGAGGAUAUCAAAUCUGGAUACAAGAUCAGCUUUCAUUUCAAGUCCAAUCCCUAUUUCUCCACAGAAGUAUUGUGCAAAGAGUUUCACUUGGCACCAACAGGUGACCCAGAAUCAAAAUCCACACCAAUUUUCUGGAAUAAGGGCAUGGACCUAACUACAAAAACUCAGGAAACUGCAACAAAUGGACAAAACCGCAAGCGUAAACUUGGGAAUAAGCGCAAUUUUUUUGGAUGGUUUUUAGACAAUAAUGAUCCUUCUGCUGAUGAUAUUGCUGAGGUGAUAAAGGAUGAUAUGUGGCCUAACCCAUUGCAAUACUAUCUGGUUCCUGAAACAGAAGUGGAAGAGAAUGGUGUCAGUGACUAUAGCGAUGAAGAUGAUGAUCAGGAUGAAUCGGUUGUGGUGGUAGAAGAUGAUGAUGAUGAUGAUGAGGAAGUGUAUGAAGUUGAAGAUGAAGAUGCUGACGCAUUGGACACCACAGGCGAUGUUGAGGUGAUUGAUGGUGAAGACGUGGAAGAAGAGAUAAUUGAAGGUGAAGAUGCUGAUGGAGAUGGAGAGCUAGGGGAAGAGGAGCAGCCAAGGGGGAAAGAUGGGUAAAAGAAGCUGUGAUACUGUUUGUUCUGGACCCAUGUUGCAGCUCAGGACAAGCAUGCAUGACAGUUGCUGUGAUGCCUUGUGUAGAGUAUUCCAUAGAUCACAGUUACUUUAGCUUUAUUAUUUAAUACUUUAACAAAGAGGGCAUGAUUUGCAUUGGGAAUGAAAUUUCUAGGAAAAAUAUCUUGGAGGAUGAUUGGAAGCUGAUGAAAUAGUCUGUUGAGUAACAAUAUGACAGUUUUCCUGCACAUAGUAGAUUCAGGACAAUUUUCAUUCUUCAAAGAUCAGUUGUAUGAUUCUUGUAAAUCAAGAAUAACAAAUUUAACUUUUCUGAUGGAUUCAAAAACUUGAAAAUGCUAAUUAUUGUUGCCUUUCGGUUUCUAGAUUCUUGUGUAUCAGAAAUGUGAAUGCCUGAACUGAUAUUCUGACAUUCUUUCAUAUUAAAACAAAUGUAUGACAUCAUUGAAGCAUUCAGGCAGAGUAUGUAAGUGUGUGUCAUUCUUAGAAAGUUUGUAAGUGAGAACUGGUUUUACUAUUUUCUAAUCCCUCAUGGAGCCUUACAGAUAUUUACUCCACUGUCUUGCAUAUGAAGCCAUUCUAGACCAUCAACCAAUUCGUUAACUUUCUUGAUUCAGAAUAAUGGCACUCAUUUUUUUUCUGAAAUAUUAGAGCAGCUGAAAAAGGAGCUGCUCAAAAAGAUUAUUAAGCCACAUUCCUUUUGCUUCUUCCCUUUCUGCUGCCCAGGGAUGUUCAUUUGUUGAAAUUUAGCUAAGGCUUUAUAUGCAAUUAGUACCUGAAAACUGGGAAUGAUAUAAUUUAAAAAUAGGUGACUAUCUUUUUCUAGGCUUUGUUCUUUGAACAUAGACUUUGAUCAUGAGACAUAGUUCCCAUGCAAAAUCUGAUGUCAUAAGGCAAAUUAUUGGUCUAAUUGUAUGUUUCACACUCAUAUUUUUUAAACAUUUUCCUUGUGUUUAUAGCCUAUUAUUUUCUGUCCCUUUUCUCUCAGACUUUGAUUAAUUUAUUGAUUUAGGUGAAGAUGGAAAUCAGCUGAUACACAGGUGACAUUUGAUGCAUGACACUUUUGUAUAAUGCUGGAAGCAUUCUUUAAAUCAGAUUUUCAGAAAAUAUGUGUUCGAGAAUUUUUUUUAAUUUAAAAGUUUUGAAAUCGGUUAGAUCUAACAUUUAUCAUGGUAAUGGGAAAUAUCCAUAUUGUACACAACUUCUACAUUUCUUUUUGACUGUAAAAAGAAUUGAUUAUAAAUUUGAUGUUGAUCCCAUCAAUUCCAUGCAGUUUCCUUACGCAGUUUCGAUUUCACUUUUUAAUUGCCCACAUUCUUUUGUGAGCUUUAAUCAGGCUCAUGUUGGUUAUGACUUUUCUAUUUGUGACUGUUUUAUUGUAUGUGUGGAAAAAAUCACUGCAGUCCCUUGAUUUAAAAAAAUCUAUAUUGUAAAUAGUUCAUACCCAUUAUAUAUGAGGGUACAUUAUCUUCAGUGACUCAAAAAUGUCAUUCAAAUUUGCUACUAUUCUUUUAUUUUAGAAAAAAAAGCAAGGCAAAAAAAUCUCAGCAUUACUUGGUCUGUGUUUUCUAUGAUCAGGUAUUUUUUCUGUGGUUUAGGGUUGAUCUUCAAUACAUUAAGCUUGACACUGUUUGGAAAAGGGAAAAGCAUAUUCAUAACAUCAAUCGCCCGUCUCCCCUGACACUUAUGAAUGUUCAGCACCCUGGUGUAGUGGUUACGAACUUUGUUUAUUGCUUUUUUUAGUCUAAACUAUUUUAAAGUGUUCUAAUCUUCAGUGGGAUAAUAUCUUAAGAUGACUUUAUUUUAACCCGGGUUAACUUUAUGCAUUUUAAUGGCUUAACAAUGUCUCCUGCUACUGAUUUCAUCUUUUUUAAAAAAAAACUAUCUUUGCCCAUCAGGUAGCACUAAAUAUAUGCAAAGUAAAACACCAUAGUGGAUUGAAAUGGGCAGCUGUAUCACAAUAUUUUGUUUUUGCCAUAUUCACACAAGACAUUGGGGGAGAUUUCCACAUUUAAAGAUUUCAUUGACAUUUUUUCAUUCAUUUGAUGUUCUGAAGUAAAACAAAUAUUCACAAAUUAGGAUUCUUUUAUAUAUCUUUUAGUGCAGAAAGUCUUCCUAAAUGCAGGCAAUUGUGAAAAGAACAAAAAUAUUGCAUACUUUUUUAAAGAUCCUUUUGUUUCUCUGAAGUUUUCCUGCUUAAAGUCAAUAGAUUGUAGUCUUUCCAGGGUACUGGGCUGUUUAAGAAUUAAAGUAUUGUGAAUCAACAACAGUUUGUGCCAGCGUAAAAAGUGUAAUGAAUAUAUUUUUCUGAAUACCCUGUUCUGUCACAAGAAGUUAUAAAAACCAUUGGUGGACUUUUUUUUUUAAAAAGUCCACAUUUUAAUGUGGGAAUAGAUUGGAUUACAUUUAUUUUUUUUAAAUUGCUGCCACUGGACGUAAGCUAGACUGAGUACAGACACUGUAAGGUAUGUAAGAUGAACAUUUGAGAAAUGUUAGAAUGGCGUGUUGAGAAAAAGUGGUUUCUUCUCUCUACAGAUAAGUUCCCACAAGUUCUUGUCUGUGUGCAGGCAGCUAAAUGAGUGGUGAAAAUGUAAAAGUGAGAUUCAGAUGUCUGUAUUGUUUAGAAUGAGUUCAUAUUUCUUUUAAACUUAUGACAUUCUUUACCAGAAUAAGUUCCUUGUCAUGAGAAAGUACAAGACAGACAUUUUUUACCAUCAUCAUAAUCUCAUUUUCUUGGGUUUUGGCACUUUUUUUAAAUACCCUAUUGUAAAUAUGCAGUCUUGUCAAGUGGAUACGAAAUCAUGUUCUUGCAUUCUCUACUUUCACUUAUUGCUAGUCUGUUAGCAAGAUUUGUAUAGACCUUUCUUACAUCUUAUCUAUAAUAUACAUGAAUGAAAUUUUUGCUUCAAAUCUAAUAGCCAGUUUGAAGUUUGAAAAUGUAUGGAAAUGCUAUUCAAGAUUUUGAAAUAAAAGCAGUUUAACUUCUCCAAAA